ACCAAACCAGCCCUACGUUUAAUCUCCCUUUUCCGCGCUGCAGGUGUUGAUCAAAUAAGCUUUUCUACCAAGUCCCAGUUCCAUCUGCCCCGUUACGCAGCUCCCAUUCAUGGACUUUGAGGCAGUGAAGCGAUCGCUGGAGGCAGCAGCGGAGGAGAUCCUCCCAUCCCCGUCCCUCGACGCCCUGCCCUCCAAAUUUUACGACGCCUUCGUCCUCCAUGGCCUCCGCGUUGACCUUCUCGAACCCGGCCGCCUCCUUUGCUCCAUGACCGUCCCUCCCCGCCUCCUCAACACCGGCAAGUUUCUACACGGCGGCGCCACCGCUUCCCUGGUCGAUUUGGUCGGGUCCGCCGCCUUCUACACUGCCGGGGCUCGGACCAAGGGUGCCCCUCUGGAGAUGAGCAUCGCCUACUUGGAUGCCGCCUUUGUCCAUGAAGACAUUGAGAUCGAAGUGAAGGUUCUACGGGCUGGAAAGGCUGUGGGGGUUGCCACUGUAGAGCUAAGGAAGAAGAAGACUGGAAAGAUCAUAGCUCAUGCACGUUACACCAAGUACCUUGCUGUACCUAGCAAUUUAUAAAGGGAUGUUUUCUUAUACUUAAGCUGCAAUUAAAGCUUUAUUUGCGUCUAUUAACAAAAAGUAAAAAGAAAAGCUUUAUUUGCUUAUGACUGGUAAUGCUUGAAAAUUUGGCGCAUCUUGUUGUAGAAUUGAUAGUAUAAUAUUUUCUGCGUACAGGCUUUAUUAUGCAUUCUAUGUUUUAUUUUCA